AUAGCAAGUGAAUUAUAGUGGUUAUCUCAUAAUUUAAAGAUGGAGUACUAUUACCAGCAUCAACUUGUACUUAUCAACUCACCCUCGGGUCGAUCGACGCUUAUAGCCUGCAGGAUCCUAUACUAGCUUUAACCUCUACGGCUCUGCCAUGUAAACUCAGGAUAGAGUUAAUUAAUUAAUUAACCUUGUCUUUAUAUUGCUGAAAGCAUUUCUCUCGUAAUUAUCGAUCGUCAGUAUACAAACACUCAUUGCUGACUGAUCAGGUCGGCCUCUGGUUUCGUUUAUGUAAUUUUAUUUUGGUUCAGCUAUAUAUUUAAGGGUCCAUAUCAUCUAAAUAAAUCUUCCUUUCCUUUUUGCAAAUGAGUGUUCCUUUUUGUUUUUGAGUGAAGAGUUUGCUGAGAAAUACAUAUGGUGAACUCAGAAUCUGAGAUGGAGGUUGAUGAGAUAGCGCAGGUCCUGCUGCAGAUCCAAGAUGAGGAAGUCUUGCCGCGACAGAAGUUCCAGGCUCAUGCCCCGCCGCCAGAGGCGCCGGCUCAUGAGCUUGAACAGUUUAAAAGAAGACUUGCUGGUUUGGAUUUCCCAAACAAAGUUUAUGAGGUGGUGGACUAUCCUCCAUUAGAUUACUGCAUUCGUUGGAACACUGAAGGCACAGGCCUGCAGAUUGUGUCGGACGCUGAUUUCCGCAAGGUUGCUUUAAACCUUCUGUGUCAGGGAAGUUUUUCCAGCCUUACCAGGCAGUUUCAGGCUUAUAAAAAUACAAAAUCUAGGUGCAAGCACGAGUACAGUCAUGAAAAAGGGUACUUCCUCAGAGCCCAAAAACAAAAGUUGAAGAAAAUCUGCCGCAAGCCACCACAGGCCACCGGGAAGACUCCGGGAGAGGGAAGGGAGGACCCAUUGCUCAAUGUGGAAGGGCGACUGACCUCUCUGGAGGCAAAGAUGACUUGUCUUCAGGCACUGUCCAAUGUUGAUCAGGCAUGGGGAAUGGACCAGUGGCUCCUUGUGGAAGGGCGACAAACGUCGCUAGAGGCAAAAAUGACUUCUCUCGAUGCAAAUUCCGACCGGAUGAUCUCUGAAAUGGUUGCAAUCCGGCAACUUGUUGAAUCACGAGCUCACCGCCUCACCCCACAUGGUUGGUUGAUGGUGGGUACGUGAUCCGUCAUGAUGUCCUAGUCCUUCAGACUUUGUCUUUGGAGCAAUGUUAUAUAAGAAGACUUGAUACUAUUUUCUCUGUAGUCAAUAAAAAUUCCAUUUGUCGGAAUUUAAUAAACCAAAUCCUAUUUGCUGGACGACAACGGAUUAAUAAUUUCAUCUGCAGCUCAUCUAAUUGAGUUUCUGCUUCAUG